CGAGCCAAGCCGAGGCAGGCUGUGUGUGAAUGGGAGACCUCGCCGCGCUCCUGCGCUCUGUGAUCUCUGCUCUCUGGAUUAUUCCUCACUUUUUAAAAACCCGCAGGAUUUUGUGGUGACCUGUGCGGGCUCCUCUUGCUGCCUCCAGCUGAGCUUACCUCACUCAGGUUUUAUGUGAGGAGAAGAAGAAGAAAGGCAGCAGAAGCGCGUGGGACUGUGUGGAUUUAAAUAACUGAUCGGACUUUUCUGCGCGUCCCUGUGCAGCCAUGCCCCACUGAAGCCGACUCUUCACCAGACCUGCCGCCAGCUCUUCUCUCCUUUUCCUCCUCCCCCCUCUCCUCCUCUGCCCCUUCAUCCUUUCCUCUUCGUGUCCACCAUGGUCUUCUCCUGUUCCUCUCCUCUGCUCCUCCUCCCUCUCCUCUCCCUUGUCCUCUUUUCCUCCCCUAUCCUCUCUGCCCCUGCUGCUCCUCCGCCUCCCUCCGUGCCAUCGGGCAGAGUGGUGUACCGGGCCUUUGACACCUCCCUCACCCACCUGACCGUCCACCAGAGUACAGGUGAGGUGUAUGUCGGAGCAGUGAACCGAGUGCUGAAGCUGUCAGCUAAUCUGACGGAGCUGCGGAGUCACAUGACCGGACCUGUGGAGGACAAUGCUAGCUGUUACCCUCCACCCAGCGUCAGGUCCUGCGCUCAUCGACUGGAGAUGUCAGAUAACGUGAAUAAGCUCUUACUAGUGGAUUAUAUUGGAAACAGACUGGUGGCAUGCGGCUCCAUCUGGCAGGGCGUCUGUCAGUUCCUCAGGCUGGAGGAUCUCUUCAAACUGGGGGAACCGCAUCACCGCAAGGAGCACUACUUGUCUGGAGCCCGAGAGGCUGAUGGGAUGGCAGGUGUGAUUGUUGAAGACCACUGGUUGGAUGACCCAAAGAGAAAGAUGCUGGAGAAGACCAAGAGCCACUUGUUCAUCGGAGCCGCCAUCGAUGGAAAGUCGGAAUAUUUCCCCACGCUGUCCAGCAGGAAGCUGGUGGUUGAUGAGGAGAGCGUUGAUAUGUUCUCUCUGGUUUACCAGGAUGAGUUCGUCUCCUCGCAGAUCAAGAUCCCAUCCGACACCCUGUCACUCUACCCUGCCUUCGACAUCUACUACGUCUACGGCUUCUCCAGUCGCACGUACGUGUACUUCCUGACGCUGCAGCUGGACACACAGCUGACUCAGAUGGAUGCCGGAGGAGAGAACUUCUUCACAUCUAAGAUUGUGAGGAUGUGCUCUGAUGACACCGAGUUCUACUCAUAUGUAGAGUUUCCUCUGGGCUGCACAAAAGAUGGCAUAGAGUACCGAUUGGUCCAGGCCGCCUACAAGCAAAAACCAGGGCGGCGGCUGGCACAAGCGCUCGGCCUUUCUGAAAACGACGACAUCCUGUUUGUCGUCUUCUCACAGGGUCAGAAGAACCGCUCCAACCCACCAAGAGAGACGGUCCUCUGUCUGUUCACCCUCCAUGACAUCAACCUGGCCAUGAGAGAAAGGAUCCGCUCCUGUUACCGUGGAGAGGGACGGCUCUCGUUACCGUGGUUACUGAACAAAGAGCUGCCCUGCAUCCACACUCCGAAGCAGAUCGGAGAUGAUUUCUGCGGUUUGGUACUGAACCAGCCGCUCGGAGGCCUGAGGGUGAUCGAGGGACAGCCGCUGUACGAGGACCGGACCGAGGGCAUGGGCGCCGUGGCCGCAUACACCUACGGGGAGCACACGGUGGUGUUCGUGGGAACCCGGAGUGGACAGCUGAAGAAGAUCCGCGUGGAUGGGAUCCCGCCGCCGGCCGAGAACGCUUUGCUGUAUGAGACAGUGACUGUGGUGGAGGGCAAGCCGAUCCUGAGAGACAUGGUGUUCAGUCCUGACCAUCAGUACAUCUACCUGCUCAGUGACAGACAGGUGAGCAGACUGCCGGUGGAGAGCUGUGAGCAGUACAGCAGCUGCUCAGACUGUCUGGGAUCAGGAGACCCUCACUGUGGAUGGUGUGUCCUCUUCAACAACAGCAUGUCAGUCACCUCCCCGGCAAUGCAGUUAACCAUUCAGGUGCAGAACGUCCCUGCGCUGUCUGGUGGGGUUACCUGUGUGUUUGAGGACCUGAGUAAUGCUCCCGGAGAGGUGCGGGCCAAAGGUCAGGUGAUGUGUAUGUCACCAUCACUGAGGGACCUUCCAGCACAGACACACUCCUUUGGAGCGAAACGAGUGGUGCAGCUCAGCCUUCGCUCCACAGAGACUGGACACCAGUUCAUCACCACAAACCUCAUCUACUACAACUGCUCUGUGCUCAACUCGUGCACUUCCUGUGUCAGCAGUGAGUUUCCGUGUCAUUGGUGUAAAUAUCGUCACAUCUGCACCAACAACCUGCAGGACUGCUCCUUCCAGGAGGGACGAGUCAGCAACAUGGAGGGUUGUCCUCAGAUAAUCCCUACCUCUGACAUCCUGGUUCCAGCCGGGAUGGUUCGUCCAAUCACGCUGAGAGCUCGUAACCUUCCCCAACCUCAGUCCGGUCAGAAAAACUACGAGUGUGUGUUUAACAUCCAGGGAAAAGUCCAGCGCAUCCCCGCCGUCCGCUUCAACUCCUCCUGCAUUCAGUGUCAGAACACCUCGUAUUGGUAUGAAGGGGACGAGGCUGGUGAUCUCCCGGUGGAUUUCUCCAUUGUCUGGGAUGGAGAUUUCUUCAUCGACAAGCCCGCGUCUAUGAAAGCGUUGCUGUACAAGUGUGAGGCUCAGCGCUCCAGCUGUGGUCAGUGCCUCAAAGCUCCAACUGCCUUCGAGUGCGGGUGGUGCACCGAAAGCAGGAAGUGCCUCCUCCGACAGCACUGCCCGUCCCCCGAACAGAACUGGAUGCACUACACCCGACACAACCUGCGCUGCAGCCACCCACGCAUCACCAAGAUCAGUCCAGUGACAGGACCCCGGGAAGGAGGGACUCGGGUGACAAUCGAGGGGGAGAACCUGGGUCUUCAGGUGAAGGAGAUCGCCCAUGUUCAGGUGGCGGGAGUCCGCUGUAACCCCAUCCCCUCGCAAUACAUCAGCGCAGAGAGGAUCGUCUGUGACAUGGCCGAGGCUCUUCUGCCUCACUCUCCAGGCGGUCGGGUAGAGGUCUGCAUCGGCUUGUGCAACGAAGAAUAUCGAGCUUUCUCCAGUGACACGUACGCCUUCGUGAGCCCGACUUUCAGCCGUGUCCAUCCAGAGAAGGGACCUGUUUCUGGGGGAACCAGACUGACGGUGAUGGGUCGACACCUGAAUGCCGGCAGCUCUGUCACUGUCUACAUAAACAAGGAGGAGUGUCUGUUUGUCAAACGAACUGAUCGGGAGAUAGUUUGCAUAACUCCCAGCUCCACGUCAGGCACGGGCGAAGCCCCCAUCCGUCUGAAGAUUGAUAGGGCCGAGGUUACAAGCACAGAUACCAAGUACACAUACACGGAUGACCCAACCAUCACCAGCAUUGAACCAAACUGGACCAUCCUCAAUGGCAGUACGCUGAUAACGGUGACGGGAACCAACCUGCACACCAUCCAGGAGCCCAAAGUCAGAGCCAAAUAUGGAGGAGUGGAAACUAACAAUUACUGCACUGUAGUCAAUGACAGCACAAUGACAUGCUUGGCUCCUGGUCUGGUCUACACUAAACCCGACCCGCCAGAGGGGGCGCUGCGGCCCGAUGAGUUUGGCUUCAUCUUCGACCAGGUGUCCUCUUUGCUGGUGCUUAACUCCACCCCCUUUACACACUACCCGAACCCAACCUUUGACUCCUUGGGGAACUCUGGGAUCCUCGAGGUGAAACCAGGGUCACCCAUCAUCCUCAAGGGUAAAAAUUUGAUCCCUCCUGCCCCUGGUAACAACCGCCUGAACUACACAGUCCUGAUUGGAGAGUCACCCUGCCUCCUAACCGUGUCAGAGAACCAGCUGCUUUGUGAUUCACCGGAUAUCACCGGAGAAAAGAGAGUCGUGAUCUUGGUGGGUGGUCUGGAGUACUCCCCGGGCAUGCUCCAUAUCUACUCCGACAGUGCCUUGACGCUGCCUGCCAUCAUUGGGAUCGGAGCAGGCGGAGGCGUGCUGCUCAUCGCGAUCAUCGCAGUGUUGAUCGCUUACAAGAGGAAGACCCGUGAUGCCGACCGCACGCUCAAACGCCUCCAGCUGCAGAUGGACAACCUGGAGAGCCGGGUGGCGCUAGAGUGCAAAGAGGCCUUUGCGGAACUGCAGACAGACAUCCAAGAACUUACCAAUGACAUGGAUGGAGUGAAGAUUCCCUUCUUGGAAUAUCGGACAUACACCAUGAGGGUCAUGUUCCCUGGGAUAGAAGAACACCCCGUCCUCAAAGAGCUUGACUCUCCAGCCAAUGUGGAGAAAGCUCUGCGUCUCUUCAGCCAGCUGCUGAACAACAAGAUGUUCCUGCUGACCUUCAUCCACACGCUGGAGGCUCAGAGGUCGUUCUCCAUGAGAGACAGGGGGAACGUCGCCUCCCUGCUCAUGGCUGCUCUGCAGGGUCGGAUGGAAUAUGCUACAGUGGUGUUAAAACAGCUGCUGGCCGACCUGAUUGAGAAAAACCUGGAGAACAGAAACCAUCCCAAACUGCUGCUGAGGAGGACCGAGUCUGUUGCUGAGAAGAUGCUGACGAACUGGUUCACUUUCCUCCUCCAUCGAUUCCUCAAGGAGUGUGCGGGCGAGCCUCUCUUCAUGCUGUAUUGUGCCAUAAAGCAGCAGAUGGAGAAGGGACCGAUUGACGCCAUCACCGGAGAAGCUCGUUAUUCUCUCAGUGAAGACAAACUCAUCCGACAGCAGAUCGACUACAAACAGCUGUGGCGUCAGGGUCGGCUCACAAGGAUCAUCCUGCAGGACGAAGACGUGACAACUAAGAUAGAGAGCGACUGGAAGAGACUCAACACGCUGGCGCACUACCAGGUAACAGACGGCUCCGUGGUGGCGCUCGUCCAGAAGCAGGUUUCUGCCUACAACAUCGCCAACUCCUUCACCUUCACCAGAUCGCUGAGCAGAUACGAGUCUUUACUGAGAACAUCCAGCAGUCCCGACAGCCUGAGAUCCAGAGCUCCAAUGAUCACCCCAGACCAGGAAACUGGAACUAAACUGUGGCACCUGGUGAAAAAUCAUGAGCACAGCGACCAGAGAGAAGGAGACCGUGGCAGCAAGAUGGUUUCUGAAAUCUACCUGACCAGACUUCUAGCAACCAAGGGGACGCUGCAGAAGUUUGUGGAUGACCUGUUUGAGACUGUGUUUAGCACCGCCCAUCGUGGCUCUGCACUCCCAUUGGCCAUAAAAUACAUGUUCGACUUCUUAGACGAGCAGGCCGACAAACGACAGAUAACUGACCCAGACGUCCGACACACCUGGAAGAGCAACUGCCUUCCUCUCAGGUUCUGGGUGAAUGUUAUUAAGAAUCCUCAGUUUGUGUUCGACAUCCACAAGAGCAGCAUCACCGACGCUUGCUUGUCAGUCGUCGCUCAGACCUUCAUGGAUUCCUGCUCGACGUCUGAACAUCGGCUCGGCAAAGACUCUCCAUCCAACAAACUGCUCUACGCGAAGGACAUCCCCAACUACAAGAGCUGGGUGGAAAGGUAUUACAGGGAUAUAGCCAAGAUGCCUAGCAUCAGCGAUCAGGACAUGGACGCAUACCUGGUGGAGCAGUCCCGACUCCACGGAAAUGAGUUCAACACACUGAGUGCACUCAGCGAGCUCUACUUCUACAUCAACAAGUACAAGGAAGAGAUCCUAACAGCACUGGACCGGGAUGGGUACUGUCGCAAACACAAACUGAGGCACAAACUGGAGCAAGCCAUCAAUCUGAUGUCUGGAAGCAGCUGAGAGAAGGGGA